AUGACGGCUCCGACCCACCGCCGGCUACCGCGGAGAAAGGCGGCGGCGGUGGCGGUCGCCAAGUUCACGUCGACUCUCAAACUCGAGGAGCAGGAGGAGGGGAAGGAGGAAGCACAAGAGGACGGAGCGGCACUGCAGCAGCGGCGACGUCGACCUCAGCGUGGCGAGGGCGGCGCACCUGAGGAAGAGGCGGAGGAGGCGGAGGAGGAGGAGGAGGAAGGAGACCGAGUGAAGGCAACAAACAAGAAGAAGAAGAAAAAGCAGCAUCGUGAGCGGCAGCAGACGCCUAAGGAGAAGCAGCAGCAGAUGGACCGUCGAAACACCCUGCGGGUGGCAGAAGACAAGAGGGACGCGUUCACUUCCGGGCUGCUGGCGUGUCUGAGCGAAGGCUCGGGCGGGCGGCACGGCGGCGGGGCGGCGGGGACGCCGAAUCACGGAUCAUCAGCGGCGUCUCCCGCUGGAGGAGCUACGCUAGAGGGGGUGUGGGCGGCUCUAAGUGCGGCCUAUUUCCAGGACCCGUUGGUAGUCCAGGACAUCAUCUCAUCCCUCUCGGUCGAAAACGGUGGCGCCCCCAUCAACCACUCGGCGGCAGCGGCUACAGGCCCUUCGCCCAACGGCAGCGCAGGACCGGCAGCGGCCAGUGGCGGUCAGAGCCUACCCUUCUGGGCGGCCACCAACAGCGGCGGGGGCCUCAACGGUCCGCAACGGGGCGGCGGGGGCGGCAGCGGCCCCAGCACGGGCAAUGCCGGUGGCGGGAGCGCGGGCGGCGGCGGCGGCUCCUGGGCGGCGUCGACCUCGGGCGGCGGCGGCGGGAGGAGUUCCAGACAGCUAGGAGGCCGAGAAUGGUGGCAGGGUGCGGCGGCAAGGUCGGGCCGUGCCCGUGCCGGUGGCUCGGGAGGCGCGGAAGCCAAGAACGUGAGCGGCUGGGAGACGCCGGUGGCCGGGGGGAGCGGCGGCGGCAGGGUGCGGAGGGCAUGGUUUUGCUGCAAGGGGGCGCCGUUGGGGGCCGGGCAAGGUGCCGGACAAGACGGUGCGGCGGCCGGCGUCGUGUCGACCGUUGGUGCGGGCAAGGGUAGAGCGGAGAGCGGCGGAGCCGGACUCAAGAACCACGAUGACGGCACCGCGACCGCUCGGGCUGCGGGAGACUCCCCGCGGGAUGAUCAUGUCGCCGCUGCGAAACCCAGGGCGGCGGCGGCGGCGGCUGCCAGCAACGCCUCCGGCGGUGAGGCGAAGACGGAGAACGGUGCGGCCGAUGGCGACCGCGCUCCCAACGGCGAUGCCGCUGGAUCCGCUGUGACUACGCUGGCGGGGAGCCCUCCCUUGGCCCCCCUGGCGCCGAAGGGUUUGCGCCCAGGAGGCGUUACUGGACCCCCGCGGCUUGGCGACGGCGGCGGCAGCGGCGGUGCCAUCGUUACGCCUCCCCGGUCUGCGCCCGCCGAGGCGCCGGCGACCGUCUCUCCGGCGCCGCUUACCGAAGGCGAGGGUCCUGGCGGUACCGGCUACAAGCCGGGCGGGAGAGCAGUGGCCGGGCCGAGAAGGAACGGCUCGCCGGCGGCAGCGGCGACGGCGAGGAACGACGAGACGGGCGAACCGACGUGCAGACCGGCCUCCGAGGGCGUGCCGCGGGGCGGCGGCAGCACGAGCGGGGAAGGGAGGGCUACAACGGUGGUGGCCGCUUUCUCGCAGAAUAGUUCACCGAGCUCUUCCGUCACCGCCACAGCCACCGCUGGGCAGAACACCCCCCCUGCCUGCGCCAUGUUGGUGGGACCGCCGCCCGCGGACGUGGGGGCCGAUGUACGCAAGCCUCCGCACGCGAACGGGAGGGAGGGCGUGGAGUCCGCUAUCCUCCGUCCUGUCGCAAGCGGCCAAGGCCGGGUCGUGAGAGCGGCGCCUGCUGUCGCUUUGGUCGCCCCUGCGGCGGAGGGGGCGCCGACGAAGAGGGUCACGCCGCCGCCAAGCGGUGACGAUUUGGCGAGGGGCACUGGUCGUCCGGUGUCGAGGGUCAACGAGGCAGUGGCGGGGACGCGACGACCGCCGGGGUCGAGCCCCACGGCGGAAUGGGCGGCGACCCCUGCCGUCGGUGUCGUGGCGGCACCGGGGGGGUUGUUGCCAGCGGUGGGAGUAGUGAGGGCACCGUGUCCGAUGCGGGCGGCGAGCGCGGUCGGCGGUCCACUGCAGGCGGUGGGUAUCGUAGAGGCACCGAGGCCGUACCAAAGCCGCCGCCCCGACGUGAACAUCCACCGGGGGCCCCUGCAAGCGGUGCGGCAAAAGCCUCCGGCGCGCCCGUUUUCCACGCAGGCGUCAGCGGGCGGGGUCUGCCGGCCGCGGAGCGGCGCGAUCGGGCCUGGCUGGGGAGGCAGCAGCAGCAGCAACGGCCCUGGUGCUGCUGCUAGGGGCAUCCAGGCAGCAGGCGGCGGCGGCGGUGGACACGGCGGGAUGAUCGACGAGGUGGAGGUGAAUCGGAGGGCCGAGAUGCGCGCCAAGGCCGACUGGGCCAACCGAGUGGAGAGGGCGUGGAGAUCCGGGGGUGGCACCGGUUCGGGGCUCCCGCUCGCGUUGCGCAGACCGACCCGAGGGGCGGGGCGGGGGUCGUCGUUUUCUUCGGUGCGUCGCCCCCGGGGCCGACCGAAGAAGAGCGGCAGCGUGAGCAUGCCGGUUCCUCCUCCGAUGGUGCACCGAAGGCCGCCAUCGUUGGACGAGCACCAGCGGCUGCGGCGGCUGCGGCGGCUGCGGCGGCGGCGGCGGCUACGGGAGGAGGAGGAGGACAAGGAGGUUGGCUGCGAGGAAGAGGGGGCCCCCAGCGACGGUGGCGAUGACGAGGGGCCGCCAUCGGUGCGGGUGUUGAAGAGGAAACGGAAGCGGGCGCUGCGAAAGGCGGCGGACGGGUCAGGGCCGGACGCAGCGGCGGCGGCGGGGGGGGGAGAGACAUCACGUGCGAUGUCGUCGGAGGAAGAGGAAACAGCUGGCGGUGUUGCUCACUGUCGACCGCGGCAUGGCGCGGCAGAGGAGCCCGGAAACGAGCGCAGUCACCGGUCGGCCCAACCCUCCAAUGCGGCGCCUGUAGCAGCGGCAGCGGGACAGGCGGUGUCGACGAAACGGCCGGGCCGUGACGACGGGGACGUCAGCGGAUGGCACAAGCCUUCUCCCAGGCCGCGGCAUAGCGGCACCUGCUCGCCCCGGAUGUGGUCGGCGAUAAAACUCGGACGCCGUCGCCCUCGUGCCGACAGAGGCUCGGCCGAGCCGGACGGGAAGAGGCACUCCUGCCGGGAGAUCGACUGCCCGCGGCGGGCGCACUUCGGGUCGCCCGGGUGGGUGCCGGCGCACUGCGAGGAGCACAGGCGGGACUGGGAGGUCCUCCUGAAGUACGCCUCGUGUCUCUCUGAAGGUUGCUUGGAAAUCCCGCGCUACGGCCUCCCCGGCGACCGGUCACGGCUGUACUGCAAGCGGCACCGCUUCCCAGGCUCCAUGAGCCUGGAGUCCACGGGCUGGAAGGUCCCCGAUGCCGGAGACGACGGCGGCGGCGGCGGCGGCGGCGGCGGCGGGGCGCGGGGUGCGCACGGCGGAGGCUGGGUCGAGGCAGAGGAGGACGGGAUGGGGGUGCCGGUAGACUGGGAUGAUGAUGCGCAGGAGGGCUCGGAGGAUGAGAGACCUGCGGCGGGGGCAGAGGCGGGGGCAGAGGCGGAGGCGGAGGCGGGUGUGGGUGACGCUGGGGAAGAGGAGGAGGCGGAGGAGGACGAGGACGAGGAGGAGGAGGAGGAGUCGCGGGGCAGCCGUGGUGAGGGUGCAAAGGGGGCGGAGGAGGGUGAUGAGUCCAGGCCCUGGUUACGGGGCAAGAGGAAGGCGGCGGGGGGUGCGAGCGACUCUCGUGAUGAGGAGGAGGAGCCGGAGCCGGAGGAGGAGGAGGAGGAGGAGGAGGAGGAGGGUGGUCGCGGGGCGGUUAAGAGGCAAAAGACGGCGUCGGGGAGGGUGACGACGAAGGGCAAAGGGAAGGCCGCGGCGGCACCGGCGAGCGCGGAGGUCGCGGAAUCGUCGCCGUCGAAGCCGCCGCCACCGCCGACUUGCGACUCUGAUUCUGAAACUGAUAUGAAGGUACCCGCCGCAGAUCUCGAGAAAGGCCGGCUGCGCUCGACGGCAGCGAGGCGGGCGAAGGCAAGCCCCACCAAGGCAGAAGCGAAGGCAAGCCCCACCAAGGCAGAAGCGAAGGCAAGCCCCACCAAGGCAGAAGCGAAGGCAAGCCCCACCAAGGCAGAAGCGAAGGCAAGCCCCACCACGGCAGAAGCGAAAGCCGCCGUCGCCGCCAGGGGGAAAAAGGAGAAGAGGGAGGAGGAGAGCCUUCUCGCCGAUGCCGAGUUCGCUCUCGGGCGCUUCGUGUUCCUGGUGCCCCCCAAGUCCAAGAAGUGCGACCGCCGCCCAAUCCUUGUGGGCAAGGUGGUUGACAAGAUGCCGGAGGGCCAAGACACGCCGGCCGGCGCCGCCGCCGGCAGCAGGGGGGCGCGGAGCGGGGGCGGCGGCGACUCAGCCUCGCGGUCGGCUUCAUCAUCCCCGCCCCCGACCAUCCCCGCGUCUUCGACUACGUCGUUGUUGCUGCGGAAGGCGGCAGCGCUGGUCGAGAGCUUACCGUCUCGUCCGCCCUCCCACUCCGGUCCCGACCCCGCAGCUGGCGCCGCUGCGGCGCCGGAGGCUGGACUACUGCAGUGGGUGGUGGGUCUCGCUUGA